GACCAGAUACCUUCUUUGCACACACCAAUCCAGACAAUGGCAUCCAGCACUGCAAGCAAAGAUGAAGCGAUGUUUCAAGUCGCGACCUACGCGCGACGAGAGACCAUUCGUGAUGUAUUUCGAUUCGAUUCCCACGAGCACGACCUUGUUCGAGACUCCCUCCGAGACCCGUUCCCGGCCGCACCAGGCAGUGGGAUGGGCACCCUCAACACGCUCCCCCGCGAACUGAGGUUGAACAUCUUUCAACUCUUAGACAUACGUUCGCACCUCCGAGUCAGACAGGUCAGCAGAGGCAUGCGACAAGCUGCAAGCAGCACCAAGGGAUAUCGUGAGGUUGCAGAACAUGGGUUGGAAGUCGUCCGCACUACUCUCCUCGAGAAAACCAAGUUCGAACCGACAAUCCUCGACGUCUAUCAGCUACUGAUUACGCCGGAAUGCUCCAUGUGCCCCCAGUUUGGUGACUAUCUAUCAAAGCUCACGUUCAAGCGGUGCUGCCAUGCAUGCGCAACCGGGGAGAACACCACAUCUCUCAGAAAUGUCUUUACGUCGUUGAUACCGGGAGGAAAGAAGAUCGAGGAACAAUUCCGUCGACGAUUUGUGCCAAGAUCAUUGAUUUGGUCUAGCGAAGACCUUCCAGAUGAGCCAGCGGGUGGCUUUGUACAAGGAAUGACAUUUAUCGCCAAAUCAUACGACACCUCGGCCCCGACCACCCGUCCAAGAGACUUCCGAAACUAUCGAAGGCCAGAUACGCUAUAUUUCAUGGGCAUUGCCAACGCAGUACUCUUUCCCUACUACGACCCGGAUUCUGCCGGCAUUCAUCACGGCUUCAGCUGUAAGGGAUGCCAUGCUGGAGGCCAGCUUGCGGCCACCACGAAAGCGUACACAAAGGAGCAGAUGCUAGCUCACAUCAAGAAAUGCCGGCACGCACGAACCCUGUUUGCUAAGAGCCAGAAGAAGAAAACAGUUGGUUCUCUCGCCGCCCCAGGCUCGACCAGCGGUACGGCCGAAUAGGACCUGGCAUCGAUGGUGACUUGGACCCAAAGGGUAUGGUGGAGAGUUUUGGCCAGCCACAAAAUUGCCAUCAGGCAUAUCACAGGCCGGUUGAGCAGGUUAUUGAAAGGGAACGGGGUUUUUAGUAUUUUCUAGAUAUUCUCGUCUAGAGUUGGAGCCAAAGGCCCCGUCGCUGCUACAGCAAUCAAUUGACUUUAUUCUGCCUAA